UGGUCCGUACCAUUUUAACGUUACACCACAAUGUCCAUGCAGUAGACAUCUGUGACCGCUGUGAUAAAACUGAUAUUUUCGACUAUAAAUUGACGACAUUGCUGUAAAUGUAGCACAACAAUAAGACCGUGGGUGGUGAGUGUGGUAACCAUGGCUCGGGUUGUCAAAGUGUUUCGGACUCUGCGGAAUCACUGGAAGAAAUCCACAUUUGCUGUGUGCGUCCUCUCAUAUGGAGGUUACUGGCUGUAUGGUAAACAUUGUGACAGUGUUCUGCGCAGAGAAGCUUGCCUAUUGGCCAGGGAAUUUGGACGUCAGCAGAUAGCACCAGGGGACAGACUGAAGAAGGCAACUGUGAUUUUGAACCCUGCAGCCUGCAAUGGGAAAGCCAACAACUUAUUUGAUAAGAAUGCUGCUCCGAUUUUACACCUAGCUGGUGUAGAGGUUACAAUAGUUAAGACAGACUAUGAAGGUCAGGCAAAAAAACUGAUGGAGUUUAUGGAGCAGACAGACAUGUUGAUCGUAGCAGGAGGGGAUGGCACAUUGCAGGAGGUCAUUACGGGUUUACUGAGAAGGCCAGAUCAAGACAGCUUCAGUCACACACCUAUUGGGUUCAUUCCACUGGGUUCCCAUAAUUCCCUGAGUCCAAGUCUUCAUCUCCUCAGUGACAACAAGGUCAAGGACAUUACCUCAGCCACAUUGUCCAUUCUGCGAGGAGAGACUGUACCUCUGGAUGUGCUGCAAAUCAAAGGAGAAAAGGAGCACCCGGUCUUUGCUCUGAUGGGGCUGCGUUGGGGUGCUUUUAGAGACGUUGCUGCAACGAUUAGCAAAUAUUGGUACCUUGGACCUCUGAAGACAAAUGCAGCACAUUGGUUUAGCACCCUGAGGGAGUGGCCUUUGGUUCGGGACGUCUCAGUGUCCUAUUUAGCUCCCAGCCUUCGGCCUCCAGACCUGGCCCCUCAGAAACCCCCCAGACCCAACCUUCUCCACCGCAUCAUCCGCAGACUGAAGAACUACUGGAACCCACCUGUUGAAGAGCCUCCGAAAGUGGAGGAGCCAGAGAAGUGGGAAGAGCAGCAGCUGUCAACGUUAGAGCUCUACAUUCAAACUCACAACAAAAACCCAGUGCAAAAGCGCGUGAACGACUCUUUAGUGAUUUGUGCAGAACCUGACGACUUCACUGUUGGCGAGUUCAUCGCCGUCGGGACUAAAAAAGAGGAGGACCCAAUGAUCUUCACUAAAAAUGCCACAAAACUGGAAGCUGGUGCUUGUCGACUAAAUCUGCCAGAAGGCGGCUCUGGCUUCUACAAUAUAGACAAUGAGGAGUACGAGGCCAUGCCUGUAGAGGUCAGGCUGCUGCCCAGAAAACUGCGCUUCUUCAUCAGUGCGGAGCGCAGAGAGCAGCUCCUCGUGCAGCCGCAGUGAUGAGAAGACUCCCAGCUUUAAAGAAGACGACAGCGGAAGACGCCAUCGAUCCCAGAAGUCAUUUUGAAAAUGGAUUUUUACUUUGCCAGCAGUUUGACAGGAUGAUGAUGACGAUGAAAAGCUGUUUCUUUUACUGCUUGUAAAGAUAGAAUAUAAAGUUAGUUAUUUUAACAUUAAGUUGUUGUAUGUUAGAGGACCAAGGUUGCUUUUCUAAGGUUGUAACACAUGUACAAGGUGUCUUACAGGUGGUUGUUUACUGAAUGGUUUACUAUUGUCAUCAUAUUUGAACUUGGUCAAUAAAAAUAAUGUCUGUCCAG